AUGAGCUGGAUGGACAGCUGGUCAAGACCCUCAAAGCACCAGUCAGUUCCGGCGCCUUUCUACCUGCUCCCCGGUGGCGAGACCACGCCCUACUGUCACUCAUGCGGUCGGGUGAUCAAUUCGCGGCGAAAAGGACAACCCUCGACGAAGGAAGAUGCUGACAACAAGACACCGGUGAAAUACUGCUCGGCUAGCUGCCGGGGCCGUAAGCCGGGAAAGGUUGACCGUGAGAUCGAGGACGUCCUCUUGCGGUUCCUGCAAGGUGAGGAGAAACUAUCGUCACUCGGCGAGGGCUGCAAACAGCAAGCGCAGAAAUCAAAGAAAGGGUCUGGUGGAAAACGAGCAAAGGGCGACCAGAGGUUUCUGGUAUCGUGCGACGAGGUCGAGAGGUUUGUCUUUGGCCCUGGAAACGGCGGAGAUGGUACUGCAAAAUCUGGCUCAGAAAACAACCAUGGGAGCGAGGGUAAUGGUGAGAGCGUCGUUGGUGCGGGUUUGACAUCCGGCUUGAUAUCAUCACAGGCUCGAGAGAUGCCUGACACCCUUGGAGCCGUUACCGACCCAUUGGAAAAUGGUGCGCCCCAUGUGGACGGAGAUCUUCUGGCUCGCAUGUCUGUCCGGAGUGGAACGCGUAUAAGACCGCCACAAUCCACGUCGGAAGUCAACGGCAGUGUGGGGGGUGAAAAGGGCCGCGCGGAAAGAAUCGACGAGACGGAUGAGAUGCUGGAGAAGAGGAAGCGAGGCCAGAAGAAGGCGCGUCAGCGAGAAAUGGUCAGAUGUGCAGCAAGACGUGCAGUCGUGUUCGGACUUGUCCUCGGGGAAGGGGGAGAUACAAGGAAAUGCGAGGCCGUUAUGAACGGUCAGGUUGUCGAGCCCUCAUUUGCUAAAGGACCGUGGAGUAUUCGAUGGAGGGAGUGA